AUGAAACGACACAUUGAGAUAAUGCACAUGCGCGAUAAUCGGUACUACUGUUUGCAUUGUUCUCUAACAUUCGAGUUACCAGAUGAGUUACGCGUUCAUCGAGAAACCGCUCAUGUGAACGAACUGCCUUUCAAAUGUGCAUUCUGUGAAAAGGCAUUUUCUCAUCUGCAAAGUCUAGCCAACCAUAGCAAGUGUCAUCGGAACCCGGAUCGUCAUUUGAAAGAAUUUAUCAAACCACAGAAACGCAAACGGAAGGCGGAUGAAAAGUCAAAUGAUCCUGACGACGGCAAAGCUUCUUCUAGUGCGCCCAAAAAUAAGAAAGAAAGAAAAUCAGAAAGUGGGGAACCAUCUAGCCUUGUGAAAGAUAGUUUGCUUAAACUGUUGAGGAAAAGAGGACGACCCAGAAAAGAUUCCUCAAUAGUUAAAACUAGAUGUGCGCAACCACAGAAUGAAGUAAUUGUAAGUGAAGGUAUGUCCAAUGAGUCUGAUUCAAUUCUCAAUGAGGAUUCAUUGGAGACUACUGUGCCAAUAGAUAUCAAAGAAGAGCAUGAUUUAAUCGAAAUAGGUCCAACUGUUAUUCAAUAA